AUGAAGCUCGAGAUCAUCGAGUGCGUGAGAAAAGAGCACGCCGCGGGUGAGACGCUGACGUUUCAGCUCAACGAGGUGGACAGCUCGUUUGCCAACGCACUGCGACGUGUUAUGCUGGCAGAGAUUCCGACACUCGCCAUUGAGUAUGUGACAAUCCGGCAGAACACAUCGGUGCUGCCGGAUGAAAUGAUUGCACACCGGCUCGGCCUUGUGCCGCUCUUCUCCGAGAAGGCGAAGCGCUUGAACUUUCCACAAGAUUGUGGCUGUGGCGGGAGCGGAUGCCCAGACUGCCAGAUUACCGGCUCCUUGAAGGUGCAGUGCCCGCCAAAUCAGCACAGCAAGCAGGUGUUCAUUGGCGAUUCCCUGCAGAUUGAUAGCGCUGAGGUGUACCCAGUGAGUGCGGAGGAGCAUGGCAUUUGGCUGGUCACUCUGGGACGCAGCCAAGUGUUGGAUCUGAAUGUCUUAAUACGCAAGAACAUUGCCAAGACGCACGCCAAGUUUAUGCCGGUGGCGACGGUGGCGAUGCGCUACGCUGCUGAGAUCCUCCUCAACCCCAACGGGUUCCAGGCACUCGGGAAGACGAACGCGCGUGAGUGGGUGGCGCGCUGUCCGCGAAACGUCUUCCGAUUUGUCGAGCGCACUGGACAGGUGGAGGUACAAGACGAGGGGGCUUGCAUCUUCUGCCGCGAGUGCACAUCGCAAGAGCCCCCGUUUGACAAGCUCCCCGAGCCGCUCGUGUUUGUGCGGCAGAGGAAGAGUAAGAUGGGCUACUUCGACUUCACCUUUGUAGUGGAGUCGACUGGGGUGCUGCCGGUGCUGCAGAUUGUGUACGAUGCAGUGGCGGUGUUGCGCAAGAAGCUGCAGCGGGUGAGCGAGGGUCUCAUGAAGAACCCGAAUGCGGACGGCGUGAUGACGCGCACGAUUGGCCAGUCCACGACUGCCCCGGUGGUGCCCAACGCGGAUGCCGUGCGGAAGGGAGCGGAGGAGGAUAACCUAGACUUCACAAUGCAAUAG